AUGGAUAAAGUGAGAAGGUAUACGAAAGAGGCUAAAGUAGGAGAGGGGACGUAUGCUGUUAUAUAUUCCGGAAAGGAGUAUUUGGUAUCGCCAACGGAUGCAUCUUCUGACGUGAUAACCGAGACGCCUCCUGCAAACGCGCUCCCAGGGAGGCAGGUCGCCAUAAAGCGCAUCAAGAAAGAUCCAAACCAGCUUGACAUAGACAUGGCGACCCUGAGGGAGAUAAAGCUUCUGAAGUAUCUAAAGUCCGAGUACAUAAUAGACCUGUACGAUAUAGUUGUUCAAGACAAACACAUACACAUAGUGCUCCCGUACAUGGAGAGCAACCUCGAGGUGAUAAUACGCAGCAAGAACAUAAUACUUAUGCCGCAGGACGUAAAGUCCUGGAUGCUGAUGAUAUGCAAGGGCGUGCACGAGUGCCACUCGAGGUUUGUUAUACACCGAGACAUAAAGCCAAACAACAUUCUUGUGGGGAAAGACGGGUCUUUGAAGAUCGCCGACUUUGGUAUAUCCGUGGACAUUGGAUUCCCACUCCGCGCGCUUACCCCGAACGUUGUAACGCGCUGGUACAAAGCGCCAGAAAUACUUCUGGGCUGCUCAAACUACACCUUCGCCAUCGACAUAUGGGCGCUUGGGUGCAUGUUCGCCGAGAUGCUCCAAAGAACCCCGUACCUCCCCGGGAAGUCAGACGCCCACCAGCUGGAGCUGAUAUACCAGGCCGUGGGAACGCCUUCGGAGGAGGAGUGGGCGGAAAUAGGGCACAAGACAGAGGGCAUAUCGCCCCCACAGCACAUUCCCAGAAGCAACUUUGACGCUGCCUUCCGAGCAGCAGGCACCGACGCAAUAGACCUUCUGAAUAGGAUGCUGGUCUACGUUCCCCACAAGAGAAUAACAAUAGAGGAGAUACUUGCACACCCGUAUUUCACAAACUCGCCUCCGCCCACUGCGCCCAGCCAGCUCCCAUUUGACGCGUUGCCGCACAACUAG